CAGCGUCCCCGCAAAGGGUCCUGGGAGUUGUAGUUGUGCAGGGCCCGGUGGUGCGGCGCAGGGUCCAGAGUCCCCAGGAACGGUGAGAUUCCUGACUUGCAGACCUAUUUUCGCUGGAGGCGGAGGGCCCGUACCUACCGGAUUACUGCCGAACAGCCAUGGCGGGUGUCGGGCUGCCCGCUGAACCCGAGCGGCCUCAUCACCGGCCUUUCCUGAUAGGCGUGAGCGGAGGCACCGCCAGCGGAAAGUCCACAGUGUGUGCGAAGAUCAUGGAGCUGCUGGGGCAGAACGAGGUGGACCAUCACCAGCGGAAGGUGGUCAUCGUGAGCCAGGACUCCUUCUACAGGGUCCUGACCUCCGAGCAGAAAGCCAAGGCGCUGAAGGGCCAGUACAACUUCGACCACCCAGAUGCUUUCGACAAUGAACUGAUGUAUCAGACCCUCAAGGACAUCGUGGAGGGGAAGGCGGUGGAAGUCCCUACAUAUGAUUUUGUCACCCAUUCCAGAUUGCAAGACAGGAUAACCGUCUAUCCAGCGGAUGUAGUGCUCUUUGAGGGGAUCCUGGUGUUUUACUCCCAGGAGAUUCGGGACAUGUUCCACAUGAAGCUGUUCGUGGACACCGACUCGGACGUGAGGCUGUCACGCAGAGUUCUCCGGGACAUGAAGAGAGGGAGAGACCUAGAACAGAUUCUCUCUCAGUACACCACCUUUGUAAAACCUGCAUUUGAAGAGUUUUGCUUGCCGACUAAAAAAUAUGCAGAUGUUAUAAUACCCCGAGGAGUGGAUAACAUGGUGGCGAUCAAUCUGAUCGUGCAGCACAUCCAGGACAUCCUGAACGGAGAUCUCUGCAGGUGGCAGCGCGGCGCCGUGCACAGCGACGCCCAGGGCCGGGGGUACAAGCGGGGCCUGCCGGAGCAAGGGGACGUGGGUAAUGGGGUGACAACCCCCCCAGGGAAACGUAUCCUACUGGAACCCAGCAGCCGACCCCACUGAGACCUCCACAGCCCCCAGGCUUCAUCCUCCCAGUUCCUGUCUGCCCAGCCGCCUGCCUCCGCGCACUCCUGCAGCUGCAGAACGGGUACACGAGCAGCGAGCGCCCCGACAUCUCGACUCCUCAUCGAUACCCCCCCAUAACCCCUUCUAGCCAGUGUGGGAGGCUGCUGUGUCUACUGUAAUCAUACAGUUUAUAGCCAUGUAGCUGUGGGCAGACAUGACCACGAGAAUGACAGCAAACCAACGAAUCAGGAAGAGAGGCAGGACAUCUCGGCAAAUCCUCUAGGAAUGCGUUUAUAGAAGUAGCAAGUUAGAAAACAAAUCUAGAACACAAACCGUCAGGUGCAACUGUGAUGGCAGCAUCCUGCACGUGCAGCACAGCUGCCCCUUGUUAUAGUCGCACUGUCAGAGACAGUCCCUGGUCCUGGGGAGACGGCAGCUGCAGUGGACCUUCAGUCCUGGAAAUGAGCAAGUUUCCAAAGCCCUGUGGUCUAAAGUGUUAUUAGCACAAACAAAACAACAAAUUCAGUCUCUCAUAAAUGAGAGAUUAGAAUUAAAAAUCCCCAGCGUUUUUGGUUAGGUACUUUGAGAAAUGCUUAUAAAAUAUAUAUUUCCCAGACCUCUCACAUUGGAGAGGGUGCUUUUGUGCAUCAGAAACGUGAAUAAAGGGUAACAAAGAAAUCCUUUUAAAACAAGCAUUUAUUUAUUAAUGUUGUAAAAACAGUUUAAUAACUGUAGCUGAAUAUGCCAUUGGUUCUCCUUAGGCCACGCUGAUCCGUGCCGACUAUCAGUGUCUAGUCCUGUUCCCGUUUCCUAAAGUGGUAUUUAGUGUAGUCAGCAGUAUUCAACAGCUGACAUGGUUAAUCACAGCCUGAUAGUGUUGUUCACUUAGUUAAGAUUUUCUCUGUUUUUUUUCAUAAUGAAUCCAGACCUUUUGUUUUAUCCCCAUUCAGUUCAUGUGCUUUUUACAGGUCUUCUACCUAGAGUACAGCUCGGUGUUUCACAUUACGCAUAACACAUGGGAAUCUUACAAAAGAAGUAAAACAGUUA